ACAUGAUAAAUGAUAGGCUCCAGCUUUUCAAUCAACAAUUGAACGAUUGAACAGAAGUAUUCAACAGUUUAUUGUUAAAAGAUUUCACUAUUAGAAAUCUUGUUUGUUCAUCAUACUUUAAAUGCAUGUGAAAUUGCAUAUUUCAUGGGAAUCGUCAAAGGGUGAGACCGGAAUUGACCUCAGAAUAUAUUACCGGGUUACUGUGAUAGACGUAAUCGAUGACUCGAUAUUAUUUGGCUUCGGUUAAUGACAUUACCGUACACUUGCAUAAGAACUUGGGGUUAGUAUAUAAACACGUUGUUUCAAUGCGAAUACAACAUAUCGUUAAAAUUAAUUAAUACAAAAUAUUCACGAGAUUAGCAAUAAUCCUUAACCGGUCGCGUGGCGUCUGAGAGACUAUGAUUGCGCAAUCACUGAGAUGCCACAUCACUGGUUAAGAGAUAAUAGGAUUUGUUGCACUUAUUAAAUAGUAUUGCUGGUCCAUGAGUUCAAUGUUUUUUGAAUGAUCGAAAACAACGAGAAAACCACAUAACUGUGGCUCUGCGUAACGUGUUUUUAUGCAUAUGCAUCAUUUUACACUGCAAUAUUUGUUUUAUGUUUGCACAUGUUCUUAUUAUUUUAUCAUAUAUGAUUUGCUAAGGAUUGCAUUGCUUGCAAGCUGUCAAGAAAACAUAUUGAACUUGUGAACCAAAAAUACUUUUAAUAAUAAGUCAGUGUGAACUGUAUAUAACUUCAAAUGUUUGUCUAUACUUUAUUUACAUUAAAUUAAAUUUUGAUACAUCUAACUUCAUAGUGCAUACUGAACUUUUAAAAAUAUUUAGAACAUAUGUAUAUCAGACUGGUUAAGUUUCGUUUGAUUGAUUUAGCGUUUAAUUGACAUGCUCUUUUCCUAAUAUAGAACGCGGGAUAUAACAAGAAAAAAUACAAAUACCUAGAACUACGAUCUAGAAUUUAUGGAAGUGGUCACUUAUACCUUACGUUUCUUAUGCAAAUUUUGGUGACACUACAAGCAGGAAGCCCAUUACCCACAGUUCUACUUUGUCCCUCAUUGGAUUCAGUUCGAACUGCGGACGUCAGUCUUUUAGAUAUAGUAUUCUCAAGAUGUCUUUGCAAGGAGGACAAGCUGCGUACAUCGCAGAUAUGAUGGCAAAUCCAGCGUCGGAUCCAGCAGCAGGACCGAGUGAAAUCUCUCAGUUUUAUGCGGGGUGCAAAAUUUUCGUAACAGGUGGUUCAGGUUUUAUGGGUAAACUUCUGAUAGAAAAAUUAUUACGAUCGUGUCCAGAUAUUGAUAAGAUGUAUAUGCUCAUUCGAGGAAAAAAAGGUAAAACAUCUGAAACUCGUUUCAAGGAGCAUUUCGAGGAUAUCUUGUACGAGAGAUUGAAACGCGAACGUCCUGGCAUCCUGAGUAAAGUAGUAAUGAUAGAAGGUGACGUAAGUCUACUCAACCUUGGAUUAUCUGCAGAAAAUCGAGAAAUACUUCGGGACUCUAAUAUAAUCUUUCACGGUGCCGCUACGGUACGUUUCGAUGAGAAACUUCGGCAAGCGGUAAACAUUAACAUAAGAGGAACUAAGCAAAUGCUUCUAUUUGCAAAAGAGAUGCCAAACUUAAAGGCAUUUGUCCAUAUAUCGACAGCUUUUUCUCAGUGCGUAGUCAAGUUCAUCGAGGAAAAGUUUUACGCCGCUCCGAUCGAUUCAGACAAAUUGUUGACGGUCACAGAAAUAUUAGACGAUGCCGUAUUGGAGCGCAUGACACCAGUGCUCAUGGGAAAGUGGCCGAAUACUUACGCCUUCACUAAAGCAGUGGCCGAGGACAGUGUGAGACAAUAUUCAAAAGUAUUGCCAGUCUGUGUAGUGAGACCGUCUAUCGUGAUAGCUACAUCCAAAGAGCCGAUCACAGGAUGGAUCAAUAAUCUUUAUGGACCCACUGGAGUCGUGUUUGGUGCUGGGGUCGGAUUACUUCGUUCUCUUCAUUGCAACAAGGACUGCAUCGCAGACAUAAUUCCAGCGGAUUACGUCAUUAACAACAUCGUGGUAGCAGCCUGGGACAUCGCCACGUCAAAAAGUAUCAAUCCUAAUAGCGUGGACACCCUGCUGACGGAAGAAAUUGAUGAGCCACCGAUUUAUAACUGCGUUUCCUCUUGCACAAAGCCAAUCACAUGGGGUCAGUUUAUGAAGUUAAAUGAAAUACAUGGAAUUGCUGUCCCUAGUUGCAUGGUUAUGUGGUAUUAUUGUUUUACUUUGAACAAACAGCAGUGGGUGCAUAAUAUUUAUAUUGUUCUGCUUCAUUAUCUACCAGCACUUAUUAUCGACACUCUGGCUUUUUUGACUGGUCGUAAGCCGAUGCUUUUCGGUGCUUAUAAAAAGAUACACAAGUUCAGCGGUGUGAUAUCUUACUUCUCCACUCAGCAAUGGAAAUUUGAAAAUAAUGCUGUGCUUAGAUUAUGGGACAAACUUAAUCCUGCUGAUCGUAUUAAAUUUGAUUUCAAUUUGGAAAGUCUUGAUUGGAACAAUUAUUUUUAUCACCAUGUGCGCGGCUUACGUGUUUACCUUAUUAAAGAUCCAUUGGAUACAUUAGAGAAAGGAAAGGCCAAGUAUUUUAAAUUGAAAAUCGCUCACUAUACUCUGUUUACGAUCGUUUGGAUUUUAGUGUUUUGGGCUUUUGUAUCAUUCUUGCGGUUUCUUAGAUUUUGGUAA